UUGCCCUAUCAGAAGGUCUGGACCUUGUCUCUUUAUGUACAGCAGCUUGCAGUGUCUGCCUUAACAAUUGACACUAGACAGUUUUCUUUCAUCAACAAGAACUUUUAUUUUGUAUUUUUGAUUAUGCCGAGUUCCUUUCUAUCACUUGUAUCUACAUUUAAACUUCAUAAGCAUUUGUAGUGUGGAUGAUCAAGCUCCAGGUUUUGGGAAGCCACUAGCUUCUAAGCAACAAUGGAGUCUCUUAAGCUCAUUGGGCAAGAUGCUAGACCCACCUGAAACAAGAGUGAUAAGCAAGAUCAAAACCCACUGCAACAUAAAGAAAGUAGGAUAGAGUUGACCAGUUACCUUAACGGACUAAGCAGGCUCCUUCUGUCCUUUUCGUAAAGGGAAAGCUGCAUUGCCAUUGAGUUUCAGUAUACCGAGAAAUGAUAAAAGCAGCAAAGAAGCUCAGGAAGCUUUGGCCAAGAAAGAAGAAAAGAAAGAAGACCUAUCAAGAACCUUAUUACUUUCUACCACCACCGUCAUGUCACUGUUGUUGCUCAUAUUCAACUCCAGUUCAACCCUCAGCUCCACCAUUGCCACCAUGGCUAGAGUCUGCGCAGACCCAUGAGGCUAUUUCUUCAACUGAGGUGCAGCAACUUCCAGAAGAGGGAUAUCAAAGUCAAUUUCAGUUCCCAUCUCAAGAAAUAGUUGUGGAGACAGAUACAAACGCCAUUUAUCCUACAUUGCCAAAUACUGAUACUCCAUUAACCUACCAGCAAUACGCUGUCCCAAAUCCUGUUUAUGGCGUACCUGUUGUUGAGCAGACACCAAGAAGAGAGAGAUCAGCUGGGUUCUUCGGAUGUUUUGUUAAGUUUGGUGCAAAUCUGAUUCGUUGCUUCUGUCCUUGUUUUCACAUUCGAGAAGUUUGAUUGAUAUAGCAGCAUGAAACAAAUUGACAUGAGGCCAUAUAGAUCUCUGGAAUCCUGUUCUUUUUUCUCUUCUUUUCAUUUCUUUUUUUCCUCAUCUUAUAGGAAUAGAUUUAUGGAUUUUAUUCAAGUUGCAGAGUUUACUUAGUAAAAUAAAUGCAUGUAUAUUGUUUUUGCCUAUCUGGAUAUGAAAAGAUACAGACCAAGGAAAUCUAAUGCUGUUUCAAUCGAAUCUUUUCAAGCUUUGAGAAUGGGGAGAUAAAAAUCGAACCAAGUACAUGGUUUUUCUA